UCAGUGCGGGGUCUGACAGAGGAGGCUCCGUGUCUGCAGCUAGUGUGUCAACUCAGCGUUUCUCCUCUCGUCCCUGGUGAGGUGUAGCGGCGGCACGCGGCUGGAGAUCCCCUGUGGCCUCCAGUUUAGGAAGGGUCCAGCAUCCCAAGGGAGGGGUGUGUGGGCGAGGGGUCUCUGGGCCCGGGGUCGCGGCUGUGAGGAGAGGAUGCCCGCGCGGCGGCAUCUCAGGCUCCUGGAGGAGGCCGCGCUUUCUCCUCAGGGAACCGGCGCCUUGGCAGCCGCCGGCGACGCCGCCCCCUUCGCGGCCUAGGUUGGUCUAGGGAGCCGGGAAGCGGGCGUCGUCCGCAGCGCCGCUGUGGCCACCGCGUCCCGGGCGGAGCUGGGCUCAUUGCCGGCCUGGGCCUAGAGCCCGAGCCUCGAGCUGCCGGCGUGGGGGGUCGCGAGUGGCCUAAUGCGGCCUCGAGGCCGAAGGACCCGAGUCCGAGCUCGCACUCCGACCCGCUGGUGCUGCGGAAAACUCAGGUGGCCUUCCGCUUUCGCAGCCUCUAAAGUGAGGACCAAGACUUUCACCUCUUAGGAUUGUAGUCGGGAUUAAAAGAUUUUCCCGGUAAGCGUUUGGCAACUGCUGUCAUUUGAGAAGCCGCUUACUUCUUCACUCCCCAUCACCGACCUUCCCGGGGAAGGGGGCGAUUGGAAACUGCCUUGGGGUAUCUGGACCCGGCAGUGGAAGCUCCGCCGCCUCGGGCAGAGGGACACGGUCCCCUCUGCGGACCAGAGAGAUCUAGCUGAGCCCCAACAGGCUCCUUGUAAGCUUGAAGACUUUUUUCUGUGCCUCAACUCUUCCGUGCAUUCGCCCGUUUCCUUGACCCUUUGAAGUAUUGUCAGUCCUCUGCCUGAAGAAUCUGAGGCCCAGAGAGGUUAAAUCUGGCAGAACCAGCCAGAACUUGACCCCCAGAGGGGGACCCUGCAGGCCACCCCCAGUCUCCUUGCAUGUAGAAAAGCAAGCACCUGCUACAUCUGAGCUCUGGCUUUAGAGUUGGCCAGAGUGGGCUGGAAUAGCACACCUGAAAUCAGUUGGACAGCCUUCCUUAGUUGCCAUUUCAUAUCAGAGUGAAUAUCUUUUUUUUUUUUUUGAGAUGGAGUCACCUUCUGUUGUUCAGGUUGGAGUGCAGUGGCGAGAUCUCAGCUCACUGCAGCCUCAACCUCCUGGGUUUAAGUGAUUCUCUCGCCUCAGCGUCCUGAGUAGCUGGGAUACAGGCGCCCGUCACCACGCCCAACUAAUUUUUGUAUUUUUAGUAGAGACUUGGUUUUGCCAUGUUGGCCAGGCUGGUCUCGAACCCCAGACCUCCAGUGAUCCACCCACCUCGCCCUCCCAAAGUGCUGGCAUUACAGGCGUGAGCUGCCGCGCCCAGCUCAGAAUGGGUGUCUUGAAUUAUGUCAUUCCCUAGUUUAAAGCCCUUCAGUGGUUUACCAUUGAGCUUGGAAUCGAAUCCAAUAUUCUUUCUGUCUUAUAUGACAAGACCUUCUUGAGUCAUUCCCCUUUUUUAUUAUGCUCUUCCAGAUCUGCCUUUACUUUCUCUUUCAUUGCUUUUAGGCCUUUUGCCCUUCCCACUGCCUGGAUGGAUUUUCCCCCAUUCCCAUCCUCCAUCUUUGUCUUUUCAUGGUUGGCUCUUGUACUUCAGUUCUUAAUUUAAAUGUCAUCUCCCCAGAAAGUUCUUCCCUGACCACUUUUAUCUACCUAAAGUAGAUUUGCCUCUACUUCACCCCCAUUUAUUUGUCAGUAUACUUUUCCAUCACAAUACUCACCUUAAGUUAUAUGUAUUUUUUUGCUUAUUGUUUUUCUCUACCACUAAAUCGCUUUAUCAGACACUAUAUUUCCUUAUUUUGUAAAGUAUUUUUAGUGCCAGGGCACGGUGGCACACAGUAUGGUCUUCUUUUUCUUUGAGACAGGGUCUCACUGUCUCACCCAGGCUGGAGUGCAGUGGUGUGAUCACAACUCACUCACUGUAGCCUCGACCUCCUGGGCUCAAGCCUCCCAAGUAGCUGGGACUACCUUAACCUCCCACCCCAGCCUCCCAAGUAGCUGAGAUUACAGGCAUGUGCCACCAUACCCACCUAAUUUUUUGCUUUUUUUUUUUUUUUGAGAUGGAGUCUCGCUCUGUCGCCCAGGCUGGAGUUUAGUGGCGCAAUCUAGGCUCACUGCAAGCUCUUUUUAGUAGAGACUGGGUUUCACCAUGUUAGCCAGGAUGGUCUCGAUCUCCUGACCUCGUGAUCUGCCUGUUUCGGCCUCCCAAAGUGCUGGGAUUACAGGCAUGAGCCACUGCGCCCGGCUGCUUAUUUUUUGUAGAGACAGGGUCUUACUAUGUUUCCUGGCUGGCCUUGAACUCCUGAGCUCAAGUGAUCCACCCACCCCAGCCUUCCAGAGUGCUGGGAUUACAGGAGAGCUAAAGAUGGCUGAAUUUCUAGAUGACCAGGAAACUCGACUGUGUGACAACUGCAAAAAAGAAAUUCCUGUGUUUAACUUUACCAUCCAUGAGAUCCACUGUCAAAGGAACAUUGGUAUGUGUCCUAUCUGCAAGGAACCAUUUCCCAAAUCUGACAUGGAGACUCACAUGGCUGCAGAACACUGUCAGGUGACCUGCAAAUGUAACAAGAAGUUGGAGAAGAGGCUGUUAAAGAAGCAUGAGGAGACUGAGUGCCCUUUGCGGCUUGCUGUCUGCCAGCACUGUGAUUUAGAACUUUCCAUUCUCAAACUGAAGGAACAUGAAGAUUAUUGUGGUGCCCGGACGGAACUAUGUGGCAACUGUGGUCGCAAUGUCCUUGUGAAGGAUCUGAAGACUCACCCUGAAGUUUGUGGGAGAGAGGGGGAGGAAAAGAGAAAUGAGGUUGCCAUACCUCCUAAUGCAUAUGAUGAAUCUUGGGGUCAGGAUGGAAUCUGGAUUGCAUCCCAACUCCUCAGACAAAUUGAGGCUCUGGACCCACCCAUGAGGCUGCCGCGAAGGCCCCUGAGAGCCUUUGAAUCAGAUGUUUUCCACAGUAGAACUACCAACCAAAGGAACAUUACAGCCCAGGUUUCAAUUCAGAAUAAUCUGUUUGAAGAACAAGAGAGGCAGGAAAGGAAUAGAGGCCAACAGCCCCCCAAAGAGGGUGGUGAAGACAGUGCAAACUUGGACUUCAUGUUGGCCCUAAGUCUGCAAAAUGAAGGUCAAGCCUCCAGUGUAGCAGAGCAGGACUUCUGGAGGGCCGUAUGUGAGGCCGACCAGUCUCAUGGCGGUCCCAGUUCUCUGAGUGACAUAAAGGGUGCAGCUGACGAGAUCAUGUUGCCUUGUGAAUUUUGUGAGGAGCUCUACCCAGAGGAACUGCUGAUUGACCAUCAGACAAGCUGUAACCCUUCACGUGCCUUACCUUCACUCAAUACUGGCAGCUCUUCCCCCAGAGGGGUGGAGGAACCUGAUGUCAUCUUCCAGAACUUCUUGCAACAGGCUGCAAGUAACCAGUUAGACUCUUUGAUGGGCCUGAGCAAUUCACACCCUGUGGAGGAGAGCAUCAUCAUCCCUUGUGAAUUCUGUGGGGUACAGCUAGAAGAGGAGGUGCUGUUCCAUCACCAGGACCAGUGUGACCAACGCCCAGCCACAGCAACCAACCAUGUGACAGAGGGGAUUCCUAGACUGGAUUCCCAGCCUCAAGAGACCUCACCAGAGCUGCCGAGGAGGCGUGUCAGACACCAGGGAGACCUGUCUUCUGGUUACCUGGAUGAUAUUAAGCAGGAAACAGCUAAUGGGCCCACCUCCUGUCUGCCUCCCAGCCGACCCAUUAACAAUAUGACAGCUACCUAUAACCAGCUAUCGAGAUCAACAUCAGGCCCCAGACCUGGGUGCCAGCCCAGCCCUCCUCGUGUGCUGAAGCUCAGCAACUCAGACAGCCAGGACAUCCGGGGGCAGAAUCGACCAAACAGCCAGAAUGGGGCCAUAGCCCCUGGGCACGUUUCAGUGAUUCGCCCUCCUCAAAAUCUCUACGCAGAAAACAUUGUGCCCUCUUUCUCCCUUGGGCCCGCAGGGAGAUACGGAGCUAGUGGUAGGAGUGAAGGUGGCAGGAAUUCCCGGGUCACCCCUGCAGCUGCCAACUACCACAGCAGAACUGCAAAGGCAAAGCCCUCCAAGCAACAAGGAGCUGGGGAUGCAGAGGAGGAAGAGGAGGAGUAAUGGUGUCUCCUGAGACUUUACAUAAGUUCCAGUCUUCUGUGCACAGCAGCACUUGCCACCGUGCAGGCCCACCUCUCUGGCUCUUUGGGUGGGAGAGUUUUUCCAGAUUUUAGAUUUUUCUAGGUUAUGGCCAUUUUGUGUCUUUUGAGGUUGUGCUGUGGAGGUUUGGGUUUGAGGGAAGGGAGCAGGGUGGCGGUUGAGGAAUGCUUCAGCCUUAGCUGCUACCUUUCGGCAGCAGUGAAAUACAAGCUGCAGCCUCGGCUGCCAGGGCUCCCUUUUGACUUACUGUCGCCACUGCCCCUUGGUGCUGUGUGGUCCCGGUGGAAGGAGGGGAAGAUUUUGGAAACCUGGUAGCCACCAGUAAAGUGAUUCUCUGCCCUGUUGGGGCCUAAAUUUGGGGGCUUUUGGGCAACCUCUUCCUGUACUGCCUCUGUCCACACUCGAUUGGGCGCCAGGUGUGUAUGAGGCGCUCUGGUAAGGUGCUCAGGCUAGUUGCAAUGUCUGUCAGUAACGAGGCUUUUGAUGUGUUUGAGCUGGAGGUGAGUGGACUGGGGGCUGUGUUUUAAGCUGCUUCCUUGGCAUUUGGCAUCACUGCCUUCUGUUCCUGGGGGAGCAUGGAUCUUUUGUCCUCACUGCUUUCUAAUGGGGAGGGCUGAGGGCUCCCUGUCCCCACAGAAGAUAUGUUGGGCUCUGCCCCAGCCCCAUGCUUGCUCUGAAAACCAAGUGUCAGAGCCCCUUCCCCUUGUUUUUAUUUUACUAUUAUAAUAAUUAUUAACUUCCUUGUAACAGAAAUAAAGUUUGUACUUGGAGUUCA